AUGGCGAAUGCAGAACCUUCACCUCUGGCCAGCUCAAGAGAGAAGACAAAUGGAAGCAAGCUAAACAGACUCCUUAUCGAUGGUGGAACAACAGUACUGAGGAAAAUUUUUGAUCGGCAUCACCCACCUGCCAACUUGUCUUCUAGUCUCAAUGCCAAUUACUACACUCUUCACAACCUUUUGCGUAGAAGAGUACUAAAUGGCCAUCAGUGGGGAAAACUGUUCCCCCCUAAUGGAAGGAUACCAGAUUCUAACACGUUUGACAUCACUCUUCUGUUCCUUCUACUAACCAACAUUUGUGGUUUAUCCCCUCCCCCAACAGGAUGGCAUACCAAGCCAUCCCCUAAUGACAAAUCUCUCGAGGCUAACCUUGCUCGCGUUAAGUUCUUUCGGAAUAGGCUGUAUGGUCACAUGACAACCACCGGUGUAGAUGAGACGUCUUUCUCUACCAUCUGGCAGGAAUUAAGCACUACUCUUCAUUCUCUGGGUUUAGAUCAAGCAGAAAUUGACAGACUGAAGGCAGAGGGGGGUGGAGAGCAAGAUUACCUUGAUGUCUUGAUUGAGUGGGCUGACAGUGAACAGGACAUAAAAACACAGCUGAAGAAUAUUCAG